AUGGCUCCCGAAACUCCAAAAGGGGUCUCGUCGAGGCUUCUGACGAUGAAAUUUAUGCAGAGAGCAGCUGCAUCAGCAUCGUCCACGGCGUCUCCGGACUCGGACGGGAACUCGUCCAAAAAGCGGAAGCUGCAUCACUCUCCUGCUGAAGGCAAAUUCAGCGCCAACAUCGACAGAGCACUCAUUCAAGCCGCCCUGGAUGAAGAAGAAGCGGCACGGCAAGCAGCGCUGCAAAGGCACGCCGCCCACGACACGCACUGGGUGUUGGAUGGUUCCUGGGACAAGAGCAACCCGGGAAGCCAAACAAACGGGUCCUUGAACGUCGUCUACGUCGGCUACGGUGACAUUGAUUCGUCGACCGAGUCCGGAGACGUGAACGAUGCGCCGACAAAGGGGCGCACAUCGACAAAACCUGAUAAGAAGACGGAGAUAGAGGCAUGCCCACAGGGGACUCGUUUGUCACAUCGGGCUAACGGCUCACAGGAAUCGAAAACGGCGCCGACGACCGGAGACGACGACUCGAGCGAUCAGUCGUCGGAAGAGAGUGACGAACCCAAGCGAAAGCGACGAAGCAGACACUCCAUGGACAACUCCAACUCGUCGCUACGCAGCGACCGAUCACGUUCACAAUCACGGCCGAGACAGCCUGCGGAGCGUGCGACCGCCAACGAGCUCCGCCAUAAGCGCCGCCAAAAGGAUAUCCGCCUGAACCAGCUGACCUCUAUCUCUGCAGGUGGUGACGGCGCCUUCGGCCAAGGGCGUUCAGGUGGUGAUAGAUUGAUGAAAUGCUACACUUGUCAGCAAACUGGCCACAAGGCAUCAGACUGCCCGCAAAGGCAGGACGGACGACCUCGUCGCAAUUUCUGA